AUGCUCGACUUCAGUGGGUUCUUCAGUUGGAGUAGGCUCAUUCUUGAGAGCCAAAGAACCAAAAUAGUAGCCCUCUCUGCCCUGAGGAAUGCUCUCGCCAGCCACGAGCUUGUCGAGAACAACCUUAUAAAGCUCUCCCAAGUCGUGGAUGUGAAUAUGACUCCAAAUAGCUUCUCCAGAAUACACCGAAAAUGGACCAUCGUUCUUGACACUAGCCUUGAUCAAUUCUGGAAUCUGGACCGAAUUGACCUUGUCGUAGCCAUGGCUGAUACCAAAAAUAAGCGAUGGACAAAUAACAGCAGUUUUGACUUGCGGGUUCUUUUCCUGGAUUUCCAAGAUGAGCUUGUCGACGGGACGGUGAGGAGCAUCAUCACGAAUCAGGUUAAUUUCGUCAAUAUCCUUUUCGUCCGACCACACUUUCAAAGUGGGCUUCUUGUUAGCAUCCAAGGGUUCUCCCAAAACUGA